GCUUCAAAACAGCCUACUCACCAAAUUUUCAACUCAUAUAUAGCAUAUGCAUGCACAAUGUGUCUGCUUGACUGCUUGUGUAUGUAAAGUGAAAGCACUUCCCUGUAAUCACGCCAUGAGAGAAGUUGUGGCUUGUCAAUUUCUUCUUCCUCUGCUACUAGUAUUCUCUCUAUGUUUGCAUGAUACACAUUGCAGCAUAGUUAAAGAUGCUGCAAGUCCGAAUUCACUGGAAAUUGAAUCAGAUGCACCGUCUCCCUCCCCGGAAGUGUCUCCUAAGGACCCUCAGCCAUUUCUUCCAAUUCUAGCUCCUUCACCAAUGCUGCCAUUCACAAAUUACAGUAAUCUUCCAGCACUAUCAGGACUCUGUGAGUUGAAUUUUUCGGCAGCUGGAAAUAUAUUGAGCACAGCUGCUUUUGAUUGUUGGGAUCCGAUAGCUCCAUACUUGGCGAAUGUAGCAUGUUGUCCUCAGUUACAUGCCACCGUAGAGACUCUUAUAGGGCACUCAGGUAUCUCCUCGGGGAAGCUUUCUUUGAAUCUAACUCAAGCCACAAGUUGCCUCUCUGAUAUUGAAGCGAUACUUGUGAGUCAAGGUGCUAACAGAAACAUUCGGAAUAUAUGCUCAAUUUACCCCUCCAACCUCACCAAGGCUUCUUGUCCUAUCAUAGAUGUUAAUGAGAUUGAAAGAAUUAUCAAUUUUUCUAGACUUUACGCUGCUUGUAAGGACGUUGACCCAGUAGAUGAGUGCUGCAAUCAAGUCUGCCAGCAGGCCAUCCUGGAUGCAGCUGAAAAAAUAGCUACAAAUGAUCGUGACAGAGUUAGUUUAAAUGGGAUCACUAUUUUGCCUGCAAAGUCGAGUUUAAUUGAUGAUUGUCGAGACAUUAUCAUUCGUUGGCUUGCAAGCAAACUUGAUCUUUCUUCUUCAAAUGUGUUUCUAAGAGGACUUUCUCAGUGUUCCAUCAACACAGUCUGUCCUCUAGGUUUUCCUGAUAUAAAAAAUGUUACAAAAGAAUGUGGAAACACGAAAAGUAAUCGGACAUCUUGUUGCAAGGCGAUGAGGAGUUAUAUGUCUGCGACGCAAGAGCAGAGCUUCAUAACCAAUUUGCAGGCCACAAAUUGUGCUACAUUGCUCGGAAAGAAACUGCAGACAGCUAAUAUCUCUCAAAAUGUAUAUGCACUUUGCCACAUAAAGCUUAAGGACUUCUCCCUCCAAGUUGGAUCACAAGACUCUGGCUGCCUCUUCCCAAGCUUACCUUCAGACGUGAAGUAUGAUCAAAACACUGGAAUAAGUUUCAUAUGCGAUCUUAAUGACAAUGUCGAAGCCUCCUGGCCUAAUGCCUCCUCCUUACCUGCUUCUACGUGCAACAGAACAUCCUCACAAAUACCAGCUAUUCCUAAAGCAACAUCUGCACAAAGUGGGAUCUACAUAAAAGGCAUGAAGUACUCCUUUUUGGUGAUGUUCUGUUCCUUGUUGCUCCUCAACUUAUUAACUUGAUCAUACGGGGAACUGAGAAUGCACAUUUCCAAGGAGGGGGCAGAAGGAUAUGAAUCUUAGUUUGUACAAAGGAGUUGCAGAAAAUAUCGUUCAGGCCAAACUUCAUGAUCCGUUAUGGCCGGGGUUUAAAAUCACCGUGUAUAUUUAAAAACCUUUGACAAUGCAGCAAAAUUUUAUUCAUUUAGAGACUAAAAAUAUUAGUUAUGAAUGCGUCCUUGGUCCUUUUA